AUUGAAAUCAAAAUGGCGCGCUUUUGUGACAGAUGAUGCUCUUCGUUGAACAAUUUUUGGAUAAAAGUUAGCUUUAUUUCUUCAAAUAGGCGUAUAGGAAGAUUUUAUGCAAUUUUGAUUUAGUCCUUAUUUGAAGAAAUCGUUAAAAAGCACGUUGUGUCAUGUCAUCUGUCAAAGUAGCGGUGAGGGUUCGCCCUUUUAACAGUCGAGAGCUUCUAAAGAAGAGCCGAUGUAUCAUACAAAUGCAAGAUAAGAUUACAGCUAUAGAAGAUUUGCGUAUUGGACAUGAAGGAACAAAAACAUUUACAUUUGAUUAUUCCUAUUGGUCACAUGGAUGUGCGAAUGACCCAAACUUUUCAACGCAAAAACGUGUCUACGAAGAUAUUGGUGUUGAAAUGCUGCAACACGCUUUUGAGGGUUACAACGUUUGCAUAUUUGCCUAUGGGCAAACAGGAGCUGGCAAAAGUUAUACAAUGAUGGGCAAAGAUAAGGAAGGGGAAAAGGGAAUAAUACCUCAACUGUGCGAGGAUCUUUUUAUGAGGUUAACGUCUGAAAGUGACAAGGAUGUCAAAUAUAAUGUGGAAGUUAGCUAUAUGGAAAUAUAUUGCGAAAGAGUGAGAGACUUAUUAAAUCCAAAGAACAAGCAAAAUCUACGUGUUAGAGAGCAUCCAUUGUUGGGUCCAUAUGUUGAAGAUUUGUCAAAGAUUGUCGUGACAUCCUUUGGAGAUGUAAAUAAUUUAAUCGAUGAAGGAAACAAGUCAAGAACUGUUGCUGCAACGAAUAUGAAUGAGACUAGUUCUCGCUCGCAUGCUGUUUUCACCCUCAUUCUAACACAAUCAAGAUACGAUCAGCAGUCGGGUAUGACUGGUGAAAAAGUUAGUAAAAUUAGUUUAGUUGAUCUAGCCGGUUCUGAGAGAGCCGAGAGCACGGGUGCUCAAGGCACUAGGUUAAAAGAGGGAGCAAAUAUCAAUAAGAGUCUGACAACUUUGGGCAAAGUAAUAUCAGCACUUGCUGAGCUAUCUUCUGGUCAAAAAAAGAAAAGGAAAGGUGAUUAUAUUCCAUAUAGAGAUUCUGUUCUAACUUGGCUGCUACGAGAAAAUCUUGGAGGAAAUUCGAAAACAGCAAUGAUCGCUGCCAUAUCCCCAGCGGAUAUAAAUUUUGACGAAACUCUCUCUACUCUGCGCUAUGCUGAUAGGGCGAAGCAAAUUGUGUGCAAGGCGGUAGUUAAUGAAGAUCCUAAUGCAAAAUUAAUUCGCGAACUGAAAGAGGAGGUUCAAAGGCUAAAAGAUUUAUUGAAAGCUGAAGGAAUACAAGUUGACCGUGUCACAGGCCUACCAACAACGACGAAGGGGCGUACAGCGUCUGUGACGGUUGAUAAUGGUGAAGAUGCCAUAGAACGAUUGCAAAUGUCUGAAAAAUUAAUGGCUGAAUUAAACGAAACUUGGGAAGAGAAGUUACAAAAAGCUGAUACAAUAAAGAAAGAAAGAGAAGCUGUACUAUCAGAGAUGGGUUUAGCAUCUGUUCAAAGUGGAGAAACUGUAGGCGUUUUCUCUCCAAAAAAGACACCUCACUUAGUUAAUUUAAAUGAGGACCCCUUUAUGUCUGAAUGCCUUUUGUAUUAUUUAAAAGUAGGGGAGACGAAAGUAGGCAGACCCAGUAUUUCGAAUGGAAUUCAGCUGAGCGGAAAUCACAUUUUGGAUUAUCAUUGUUCCUUUUUUAAUAAUAAUGAAUCAGGCGUUACUCUUGUUCCGGCUGUAGGAGCUUUAAUUUAUAUAAAUGGUAGAGAAGUAACGGAAGAGGUUACUUUGAAAACUGGUAGCCGCGUUAUUCUAGGAAAGAAUCACGUUUUUCGAUUUAAUAGUCCUUCUGAAGCUAGACGUGAGAGAGAAACACCGUCAUCUGAUAUGCCUGUAGACUGGUCAUUUGCGCAAAAUGAAUUAUUAGAAAAACAAGGUGUAGAUUUAAAAUGUGAAAUGGAAGCUCGUUUGAAAGAGCUGGAAGAUGAAUUUAAGAAAGCCAGAGAAAAAAAUGAUCUUGAAUUGGAAAGGCAAAGGAAGCAUUACGAAACAAAAAUUGUCGAAUUACAAGAACAAAUGGAAAGACAAUCAAUGGUCUCUUCUAUGUUUUCGUCUAUUGUCCAGGAUGAAGACGAAGAUACAUUCGAAGAAUGUAAUUGGACUGAAAGAGAAUUUCAAUUGGCAAGUUGGGCAUUUUCAAAGUGGAAAUCGUACCAGUUUACCUCCUUAAGAGAUAGUCUCUGGAGUAAUGCUGUUUACUUGAAGGAAGCCAAUGCCAUUUCUGUAGAAUUAAGAAAAAAUGUAGAAUUUCAAUUUCGUUUAAUGACUGAUACCCUGUAUUCACCUGUUCCUAAUGACAUAGACGAUAAAAGAGUUAAAACCAUUGUAGCCGUUUCUGUAAACGAUAAGAAAAACGGAGCAACUCAUCUCUGGAGUCUACCUAAAUUAUGUCAUAGGUUAGAAAUUAUGAAAGAUAUGUAUGAUAGCUUUUCUGAUGGAAAUCUCCUUGAGGAUUCAGAAAGUAUAAGAGAUGAUCCGUUUUAUGAUCGUUUUCCCUGGUUUACUCUUAUUGGUAGAUCAUUUCUUUAUUUAACAAAUCUUUCAUAUCCACUAUCGCUUACACAAAGUCUUGCCAUCAUUGAUGAAUUAGGAAAAGUGAACGGCUACAUGUUAAUAUCUGUUGAGAUCGUUAACGACGAUACUCCAAGUAAUUCCAUGCAAUCAGGGGUAGCCAAAGUAACAUUCGAAGAUAAUGAUGAAUAUUUCCAAAAAGUUGCUAGUACAAGUACUGAAAAUGAGAAUAAUAUUGCCACGGUUGAAAUUGGAAGUUUACUCAAGUUUAAAAUUAGCGUGAAAGAAAUUACUUGUUCUUCCGACCAAUUUAAUGAUGUAUUCUGUGAAUUCAGAUUUCUUAAUAGAAAAAACGAAGCUUUCUCAACCGAACCAGUGCAGAGGUCACAAACAGGAAGAAUAACUUUCGAACAUGCUCAAAAUUUUUCCGUUACUGUGACAAAGGCUUUUAUCAAUUAUGUCAAAAGUCAACCAAUUGCAUUUGAAAUAUUUGGCCACAAUGAAAAGAAUACAGUACAAGAAGCGUCAAUUCCGAGAAAUUUGGAAGUUGAAGUUCAUUUACCGUCCACCAAUAGCUCGAAGCCAGUUCCAUCCCCAAAACUCGGUUAUUUAAGUCCAUUGCAAGCUGGAGACAUAUGCCAAAAAUUGGAUUUGCUCGUGUGGUUCGAAAUAGAAGAGCUUGCUAAUAACGGAGAGUACAUUCCUGUUCAUGUCGAUCAUCAUGGAGCUGCUCCCGGAAGUGGGGUUUAUCUCUUAAGGCAAGGCUUGCAGAGGAGAAUCGCGAUUACUGUACAUCAUGAUCCCGGAAAUGAAAUCGUAUGGAGGGAAGUACACGAAUUAGUUGUCGGAAGAAUAAGAAACACACCCGAAUGGACUGAAAAUGACUGUGAAUCAACUAUUCUUUCCCUUUCACUUCUACCCGCUCGUUAUAUACAAAAAUCCGGCGAUAAUACUAUGCUCUUUAGAUUCGAAGCUGCUUGGGAUAGCUCUUUACACGAUUCUCCACUUCUUAAUCGCAUUACUCCACAUGGAGAAAAAGUUUAUGUUACAAUAUCUGCUUAUUAUGGAUUAGAAAAUUGCGCUCAGCCUGUUUGCAUAACAAAAGACUUGUGUAUGAUCAUUUGUUCUAGGGACUUGACAACAAGUACGUCAAGAUCCCUGAGAAUGUUGUUUAGUGGCAGUGGAUUUGGGAAACGUGAUUCCAACAGGGUAACGGGAGUGUACGAAAUGGCCUUGAAAAAAUUUACAGACUCUGAAGAUUCCCAGAGAAAAAUCUUUGAUACGUCAUCAAUGUAUGUCAGAGGCGAAGAAAAUUUAGGGGGUUGGCGUCCAAGAUCCGAUUCACUUAUAUUCGAACAUCAAAAUUGCCUAGAAAAAUUAGAAAAAUUAGAAUUUGUUGAAAAGAACAAACAUUUAUUACUUUUUAAAGAAAUCAUUAAGAAUAGCGGACUAAGUGAAUUUAAGAUUAUGGAGAAUGGGAUAGCAACGUUAGACACUCAGUAUUUCGCAGAAGAGUGCCGAAUAUCUAAAACAGAAAGCGCAGAUAAUCUUAAUACCACUUUAGCCCAAGAGAAAGAAUUAAUUACUAGGUAUUUGAAAUUGAUGCAAAAAUGCCCAAUUGCAAACCCAUAUAAAACGAAUAUAUCAGAAGACGGAGACUAUGGGAACAAUGAAAGUUUUUCGCUACACUGCACUCACAGACCUUAUUUGAGUGUUCCAUCCGGCUUACCGCGAUCUUCUUCUGCACCUGAUGUUAGAAAUAUGAGAUCUUUAAGUAUGGGAACAAAAGCUAAAUCGUUAUCGAGCGAAAAUUUAAAUUCCCCUGAAGAACGGCUAGUUUCACCUCCCUCAUUUAUUGGAGGUCAGAAUUCAUACGUCGCCGAAAUAGAUGAGGUUCGAAUAUCGAAUAUUGUUGCAAGAAAGGGUUGGGCCAAUAUUCUACAUGAAAAAGCUUACGGAUGGCAAAAGAAAUGGGUGGUUGUUCGACGGCCGUAUGUUUUUAUUCACAACGCUGAAAAAGAUCCUAUUGAAAGGAGUUUAAUCAAUUUGGCAACUGCUCACGUCGAAUAUAGUGAAGAAAGCCAAGCGUUAUUGAGAGUUCAAAACACCUUUUCUAUAAUAACACCUCAAAAAGGCUUUCUUUUCCAAACUCUCUCUGAUAAAGAUUUUUACGAUUGGUUAUAUGCUAUCAAUCCACUCUUGGCCGGUCAGAUAAGAUCAAAACUCUCGAGAAGACGAACUCAAACCGUUAAAACACCUGAAUUAACCUAA